AUGCACCGAACGACCGAAGUCCAUGUUUUCAUAGGAUGUCUUCUGGACUUUGAUGGAACCAUCAUCGACUCUACGGAAGCUAUCGUUGAGAAUUGGAAAAGACUCGCCGAUGAAUUAGGAUUGGACCACCAGGAAAUCCUCCGAACAUCUCAUGGGAGACGAAGUAUUGACGUCCUCCGCCUAUUGGAUCCUUCAAAGGCCAAUUGGGAGUAUGUUAGCGCCAUGGAAGCACGAAUACCCUCCCUUGCCUCCUCACCCGCUGUCGAAAUCCCAGGUGCUCGCAGGCUUCUUGAAUCACUGAGUAGCCGCCAAGUACCGUAUGCCAUCGUGACUUCAGGGACAAAGGUACUCUUAGAUGGGUGGCUGGGAGUCCUACAGCUACCACGGCCGCAGUAUGUUAUCGUUGCAGAAGACGUCAGGAUCGGAAAACCGAACCCAGAGGGUUACAGGAAGGCGCGGGAGCAGCUUUCUCUAUCCCGCGGCGUACCUGACCAGUUUCUCGUGAUGGAGGAUGCCCCUGCGGGAAUCGAAGCUGGGAAAACAGCGGGAUGCAAAGUCCUAGCAGUGGCAACAACACAUACCGUGGAGCAGUUGAAGGCUGCCGGCGCAGACUGGGUGAGCCAUAGUCUCAUUAUGAUCAGAACUGUGUCACCAACUUGUCUGAAAUGCCCUACUUUCCGCGCAGGAAACUGCACUGGAACAGUCAAGCGGCUCGUGGCAACUCAAGCGUCGCCAAUCACUCGCAAAGACAAAAAGGAGGGCGAUAUUUCCUCCGUGUUCUCAACUUUCUCUGGAAGAAAGAGUCCUCCGCUGCCCGAGCGUUUCCGGGAUUUAAAGCGUAACCUGACCACGGGGUUCGAGGAGCAGAUUCAAAGGUCGUGGGAUGAGCUUGUUGAGGUUCUGAAAGUACGGACUGAAGAAGUCGCUACCAAGCGAGAGGCGAUCAUUCCUCAAUUGAAGUUUUCCGACAUUCAAGCUGGAAAUGUCUCACCGGCGGAUGUUGCUGCCAUCCGCCGUACCGGUGUUGCCGUCAUCAGAGGCGUUAUGGACAAAGAUGUUGCUGAAAGGCUUCUCUCUGACGCUCGCCAAUAUUUGACUUCCCGGCCAUUCAAAGGCUUCCCGUCUACUUCGGACAAAAAGGUUGUCUACGAAUCAUAUUGGAGUCCUUCUCAAGUGAAAGCGAGAUCACACCCCAAUAUGCUUGCCACGCAAUCAUGGAUGAAUCAGCUCUAUACUGCCGACCCCGAUCAAAGAAUUGAUCUCUCGCUCCCACUCACUUACUGUGACCGUGUCCAAAUCCGCCCACCUGGCGAUCGGCAUUUUGCGCUUCCGCCUCACGUCGAUGGCGGAGGAGUUGAGAGGUGGGAGGACCGUGCCUAUAACCAUGUCUACCGCAAGAUUUUUCAAGGAAAGUGGCAGGAGUACGAUCCAUGGGAUCUAACCGGCCGCCUCAAUGCCAACAUGAAUAUGUAUGAAGGGCCCGGGGGUUGCUCGAUCUUCCGCACUUUUCAAAGCUGGCUCGGGUUAUCUCGCCAUGGACCCCAGCAAGGUACUCUUGUCGUUCAUCCAAUUUUGCAGCCCGCCACUGCUUAUUGGAUGCUCCGACCCUUUUUCAAGCCCACUCGAAAGGACUCCUUGGACGGAUGGAAGUUUUCCCUUGACGAUGAGGAAGGCAAUGUUUAUCUGCAUGGCGCCAACCCGGGAACUGCUCAAGAGCUUACCCCUGCCCACCAUCCGCAUCUGAGACUGGCCGAAACCAUGAUUCCUUAUCCCACUGUAGAUCCAGGUGACACUGUGUUCUGGAGUGCCGAUACUAUCCACGGCACGGAGAUGGACAACUCAGGAGACAUUGAUGCUUGUGUGUUUUACAUACCAUCGGUUCCACUGACCCCCAAUAAUGCGCGAUACGUCGCGCAGCAACGCGAGGCUUUCUUGAAGGGCAUUCCUCCUCCAGACUUCCCCGGUGGGCUUGGAGAGUCUGAGUUCUCUGAUAGGGCAACGGUUGGAGAUAUCCAAUCUGAAGCUGGCAAUGUGGCUAUGGGCCUAAGCCCUGUGAAGCUCGAUGGUAUGAAUGAGAAGUCGAAGAAGCUCGAGAAAGAAAUCAACGAAAUUAUGGGCUUCUAA